AGAGAGAGGAUUCACUCCCUGGGACAGAGUGAAGACAACAGAUUCAGCUUGAGUUUUAUUACUGUGGUGGCAGAGAAAAAUGUCUAACUCUUCAACAACUUUAACACUUGACACCUGCGAUACCCCAAAUAAUACAUACAUGUACGAAGUCCUCUCCGGGGUGAUGGCUGUAGAAUUCAUUCUGGGACUUCCUCUGAAUCUCUCUGUGCUCUACAUCUUCAUCUUCAGGUUCAAAUUCUGGAAGAACAACAGCGUGUUCCUCUUCAACAUUGUGGUCGCUGAUUUUCUGCUGGUGGCCUGUCUUCCUGUGAAGAUUCACCAAUAUCAGAACAACCUGAGGCGUAGCAAGGAUUCCACAGUUUGUACCAUGAUGCUCUUCAUGCUGUUUCUCAAUCGAGGGGCCAGCAUUGCCUUCCUCAUCACCCUGUCCCUGGACCGCUACUUCAGCGUGGUCCAUCUUGGCAGGAAAAACUGCGUGAAUGUGUUUAAGAAGUCUCCACUGAUCUCUGGGAUUAUAUGGGUGUUCUUACUGCCACUCACCAUCCCCACGAUGGUGAGCACCUUUGAUUGCUGCAAUAGCUAUGGCCGAGUUCAGACCACAUUGAGUGAAACUUUGACGGACACCUUCAGAGAGAUCGUCUUCUUCUCUCAAAUCAUCAUUCCCUUCAUCAUCCUCAUUUACUGCACUGCUCGUAUUGUCAGUCGACUGAGAAGGAAGACGGUUGGGGAGAAGGCCAAACUGAGGAAAGCUGUGUUUGCAGUUCUGUCUGUCGCCAUAGUCUUCUCCAUCUGCUUCCUGCCCUGCACAAUUGCCCGAGCGGUGCUGCUGAUCACUCGGGUGAAAGAGUGGGCGCCAAUGGAAGUUGUAGCAGUCCAGGUGUACGACGCUCUCAUGGUUUUGUCCUACGCCGACUGCUUGCUGGACCCACUGGUUUACUGCUUUUGCCACUCUGGGUUUAAGAAUGCUUACAUCUCUACUUUCUUCCCUUCGUUUCUCAAGAAGAGACUGCUGAAGCCGGUCUCUGGCACACCCCCUGCUACAACUACAACAACUAUAAUCUCAGGAGCUAAAAGGAUUUCUUAGCAAAUGUUGGUUCAUUAGUCAACCUUUCUUGUUUGGAUGGGUUGUACAUGUAUAGUAAAGACUUUGCAACUGCUGCUCCACCCACACAGGUGUUUUCUGAGGAGAAAAGCUUUAAAUAUGUAGCAACAAAUACUGACCACAGAAGACCAGAUGGACCUUCAGUCCAAGCCACCACUGAGAUUUGAGGAAACUAAUCUGUAAAUUGCAGGAAGGUAACAUAUAAGUUUCUGAAUUUUAAAUUGUUGAUUUCAGAAAAGUAACCUGUGACUUAAACAAGUAACCUGUAUGUUCCAAGGUCAGAAAAUAUCUUUUAAUUUUCAAAAAAAAUAUUGUAAUUGUUAGUUUCAGUAAAAUAACUUUGUAAGGAAAUAACCAGGAAAGAUACCUUUUAGUUAGAGAUACAAAAAACCUAGACGUUUUAGAAAGUAAGCACUAUGUUUUAGGAACUUGAACCUAAAUUUUUAGAUUUCAUGAAUGUAACCUGUACAUUUCAGGAAAGUAACCUGUAAGAUCCAGUAGAGUUACAUGUAACUAUUAGAAACAAGAAACAAACCUGUUCAUUCUGGUAAAAUAACCAGUAGAUUUAAUGUCUGCAUUUUGUUUUGUUAUUUUUUUAAUCCAGGUUGACCUUUUGUACAACCUGACGAGACAAUAUAUUACAAAUUUCUCUGCACUUUUUCCACUGUAAAGUUUUCAUUAUCUUAACCGUGAACUUUUUCUGUAAAUUUACAGUCCUGUGAAGAUGUUUAAGUCAAAACAUGUGUUUAGACCUGUCUGGUCCACUUGUUUUGCUUCAUUUUGUGUUGCUGCAUUAUAUAAUUACAAUUGUAUAUCAGAGCACUUCUAUUUAUUUUUGAUCUGUUCCUAAGCUGAGAUUCUUCAUGUAUAUUCUGCACAAUAAUAAUAAAAAAAGAGUCCAGCUUAGUAUUUAAAGGGUGUUAAAACUUGAAGUGUUGAACUUUUGCUCUUUCGGUAAAUGUUCUUGCUGAGUACUAAAUGUUGUGUCUAUUUUUCAGGUUGUUUAACAAGCUUGACCUGUUCUGUCUCCAUUUUUACGUCUAGCGGUUGCGUUAUUUGACUGUCCAUGCUGUUGAAUCCGUUUCAUGUUUCAGGCACGGGCACGGCUACAAAAAUGGCAAACCAAAACAAGAUCUUUGUUUUUGGCUGCAGUAAACAAAACCCACUUAGGAAAGAUUUCGGGAGUUUUCUCCUUCUAAGUCCAUUUUCGUCAAAAACGCUUUCCAAAGUCCACUGUAAAUUACUGCCCUCUAGAAGUAUAAAGAGCAUUUUAAUAAAUUAGGAUAAGGCUAGAGUUCCUGUAUUAAAAAAAUUAUAUUUAAUAAAUGAAACGUAUAUAUAAUAUAUAAUCGAAACCAGAUAUUUACA